AUGGCUGACGACGCAGCAACCGCACCGGCGCGAGGACGCGGGCGACCACCAAAGGCUGGAGGCCCAGCAACGCCCAAAACCGUCGUAUUGAAUGCUGAAGGCCAGCCUAGGAAGAGAGGACGGCCACCAAAGAAUGGAGGGCCGGUGACACCCAAGACCGUCGUCUUGGACGCUGACGGCCAACCCCGGAAGAGAGGACGGCCACCAAAGAACGGCAUAGCUGCACAGACGAAACCCAAGACUGAAGCUACUUCUCCAGCUCCUACAGACCAAGUGAGGAAGAGGGGGAGGCCUCGCAAAGCUGAAUAUGUCACGGGUGACGCGGAAAAUGCGCCUGCACCACCAAGAGGACGACCAAGGAAAGACGAUGUAACUGCUGCAAGAAGCAAUGGUGCAGUAAAAGGGACGCCAGGGAGAGGGAGAGGAAGACCCCCAGCGAACCCCCUCCAGAAGUUCGUGGGAUCUUACGCCAUUGAAUGUCCUAUCGUCAGUGAAGAAUGGCCUGACAAAGCUGAAUCUAUGGAUAUGUCGAUAUCUACCUCUGAUACGGACCCUUGCGGCCUGAUCGCAUCUUUUACCCUAGGCAUAGUCGAAGGUACUAUGCUGCUUGCUGCGACUGAGGAAGCACUGGAUGCUUUCCAAAGUAAAGUGGAACAUGGCUCUGACCAUGAAUCUGAUGAAGAUGCAGAAUGUGACGAACCCCCUCCAAAGAAGAUCAGGAGUGCCCCUAAUGAUGGUGCUCUGCGGCUUUACUUCAAAUGGCGAGGCCGGGACACCACUGGAAGUGAAAUAUACGACGGAAGCAUGGAUCUAGGAACCAUAGAGUUCCUCGAUGGCAAGGCAAUACAGUUCAAAGGAGAAGGCGGCUUCCCGGCCAUGGGGCCAGACUGUAAAUUUACAGGGACACGAUAUGACAAUGAGGCCACUACCGUUCCUCUACCCUGGAGCACCUUCUCAGACAAGGCUGCACAAGAGGCAAAUGAAGCUAGAUGGUAA